ACGUAAUUUUUGUACAAAUAAAAGACAGCAUCAACGAAAGUGAAAGAAUCAUAUUCACACUGUCAACCAACAAGAUACCGACAGUGUGAUCAAAAUUCAAUCUCUUUAAUUAAUUCAUUUCCUUCAUAACCACGUAAUUCCAUAACACCAACAACGAUCUAACACAUUAAAUUCUUACAAUUUCUCGAUUGUACCAAACAAAGAAGAUGAAGUUCUGCAAGAAAUACGAAGAGUACAUGCAAACCCAUGAUCAGAAGAAGCUUCCUGGUGUGGGUUUUAAAAAUCUCAAGAAGAUAUUGAAACGAUGUCGUAGUGAUGUGUCUCGUUCACAGAAGUUGUUGCUUCGUGAUGAUGAUGGUAAUAAGUCACCCAGUUGUGUUCAUCAUUGUGCUGUUUGCGACGGAAGCUUCUUUCCUUCGCUUACAAAGGAGAUGUCUAUGGUGGUUGGAUGCUUUAACGAGUGUGCACAAAAGGUGCUUGAUGUGCAUCUAGCAAGCGGGUUUCGCAAGUACUUUCUAUGGUGUACCGACAAGUUACAAAGGAAUCAUGGUGCUUUAAUUCAAGAAGGCAAGGAUCUUGUCGGUUACGCAAUCAUCAAUGCCAUCGCUAUGCGAAAAAUCCUUAAGAAAUAUGAUAAGAUACAUGACUCUAAGCAAGGCCAAGCGUUUAGGUCACAAGUGCAGAGCAUGCACAUGGAAAUCCUUCAGUCUCCAUGGCUUUAUGAGCUUAUUGCUUUCCAUAUUAACUUAAGGGAAAGAAAGGGUAUAAUGGGAAAAGAUUCUAAAUUGUUCGAGGGUUGCGGUAUCAUAUUUAACGACGGAAAACCGUCACUUUCUUGCGAGCUCUCUCAUGCUGUCAAGCUUGAGAUCGACUUGACUUGCUCCAUAUGCUUGGAAACUGUCUUUGACCCUGUAUGUUUGACUUGUGGACACAUAUUCUGCUUCAUGUGUGCUUGCAAGUCUGCAUCAGUAACAAUUGUGGACGGAUUAAAGGCAGCAGAACCUACAGCAAAAUGUCCUCUUUGUAGAGAAGCACGAGUUUAUCACGGAUCUCUUCAUUUGGACGAGCUUAACAUUUUACUAAGUCGAAGUUGUCCUGAAUAUUGGGAAGAAAGGCUUCAAACCGAGAGAGUAGAAAGGAUUCGACAAACAAAGGAGCAUUGGGAAGCACAAUCGCGAUCAUUCUUAGGGAUCUAGACAAACAUGCAUACACGCUAAGGGAUGGAUCGGUAUGGUACUGGUACCGGUACUGAACCAGUACCAUACCGAAAAAUAAAGUGUACACUGAAUACCGUAACAAUUAUGGUUAGUCCGGUACCAUUAUCAUUGGAAAUACCGAAACCAAAAAAUACUGGUGCCGGUAUCAUUGAAAACAAAUGCCAGUAUUUUUAUCGUUGGUGUUUGGUUGGUAUGGUAUGGUAUGGUACAAUGCUAGUACGGUAUCGAUAUUUGGCAAAAAAAUCUCAUCCCUGGUAUGCAGCGCAACGGUUAGACAAUUAAGUAAAAAGAUUAGAUAUAUUGUUGUAUGCUUUUGGUGUAACAUUUUACUAUUGGUACAAUAACUAGGUUCAUCCUCAAUGUUAAUUAUGAGUGACAUUGAUUUGAUUCAUAUAUAAUCAUACUUUAACUUUUGUU